AUCAGCUGGCUAUCAGCUGGCUGUCAGCUGGCUAUCAGCUGGCUAUCAGCUGGCUGUCAGCUGGCUGUCAGCUGGCUGUCAGCUGGCUAUCAGCUGGCUAUCAGAGCCAGAUGAUCCUGAUGCUUUAACUGGCGACAGACCUGGAAGGACUUUUCUUGGUCCACAUUUCACUGUAGCUUCAUUGUCCCCAGUGGACUGUUUUAUUUUGUUCUACAGUUUGUUGUAGUUGCCUUCAUAUCAUACUUGAAAAUUCAGCACUGAAACACAAAAUGUAAUGACUGUACUUCAUUAGUUUUAUUGAUGAACUAACAUGUCUGUGUCUAUGUAGUCCGAUCUAAAAAAACAAAACAUGAAAGCAGAUAAACUAUCCAUAUGUAUAUUGUGUAUACAGUCUACUGUAGUCUUUCUUAUGACAUCAUGGACUUCAUCACUAAAAGAAACUUGAAGGAGGUCGAAGAAAGAUUUUAUUGAACGGGAUGCCAAAGUGUCUACAAUGUGACUGAACCGGUUCUUUUCUACAGACUUUAUAUCUGAGGUACUAUCGGACCAAAGUUACAUCGUGUUUGUUCAUGGAAGUCAGUGUGUUAUGAAAUUAAAAAUAGACUCAUUCAGUGUUUGUUUCAAGUAUUCUUAUUGUGACUCAGAGUGCAGCGACUACGUUUUAUUCAACAUGUUGAAGGCAUCAAAUGUUUUUACAGUAAACAAUUAAGGUUAUUAGUUUAAAUUAUACAUAAGCUGUCAUUGUAUUCAGCCCUGCAGAGUCUAACUGCAGUAAGUAACAAAGAGUUAAACAGAGAAAAACGGCUUUAAAGUUCUUUAACGUGUUUUAACUGGCAGCCAAAUGUGUUGAUGAUGUCAUUUAUAUGCUCAAAAAUCAUGAUUUAUUUGACCUUUGACCCCAAAAACAUAGCUCCUGUCUCUGGUUUUGCUGUAAAAGGUUCUAAUAGUGAUGAUAAACAGAGAGCAGGAACUAUAAUGUUGAUGUCUUCUUUCAGCUUUUAUAUUUAGUUUUCAGUGAAUAAACAUUUUCAGAUUGAUUCUUUAAAAGUUUUUUAAAAAUAUAUUCAACUAUUGAAGACUUAAUGUUAUAAAGUAAUGUUAUAUUUUAGUUUUUUUUCCUCACUUUUUUAUAAAUUAAUCACUAUCUAGAUAAUAAUUUCACUAUCAAAUCUGGAGUUUGAUUUUGUAGUUGCUGCAAUUUUCAUAUCAAUAUUUCUGUGAAAUAAAGCAAAAUUGAAAUCUAAAACUUUUUCACACGAUAAAACAAAUCAAGGAGUUUAUUUUUUAGUUAUAAUUCAAUUUCAACCACAAAAGUAGUUUGUGCAGUUAGACUUUGUAUGACAGUUCAGUUUCCACUUGAGUUUAUUUCAAAAGUUUUCAGACUUUUUAUGAAUCCAGGUUGUUGGAGGCUGGAAGAGAAGAAUAAAGUUUGAGUUGAUGCUUGAUCCCUUCUAACAGAGUCAGCAGUCUCUGGAAGAGGCAUGCAAAUGUUCUAACAAAUGAUUAUUGUUUGAUUAUCUUCAGAAGAAUGAAGAGAUUACUAGAGGACAGAGCAGUUUGCAUGUUUAUCUGACUGUUCCUCUCAGAGACACGUGGACCGUUGAGACGAGAGCCGGUGAUGUGUUAGACAGAGGACUCUAAAUAUUAGUUCAUAUCCAAGUAUCAUGUCCUGAUAGUCUCACUGCUGAAGUAUUAACAUGGACUCUACAUGUCCGGUCCUAUAAUCCUGCAGCCAGAUAUUCUUUGAGUCAUUUCUACAGGAGUCUGUAUCUUUUACCACAUGCAUACUGAUGAAAUGCUUCAAAUAUUCAGCGGAGGCAGCAGUGAAAGGAUGCAGGUAUAUUUGCUGACUUCCUGUCAUCUUAAUGUGUUUUAGGUUCUCUGGAGUUGUUUGUCAGUGGUGCAAAGAUCAGAAGUGGUUCUCUGUGAACUGGGUCCUCUGACACUAACAGGACCAACAGAGAGCUGCUGUCCAGCCUCCAGUUAGCGUGUCCACUAGAGCCAGAGCUGAUUUGAAUACAAAGAUUUGAAUAAGAGCCUAUCGUCCCCUCACCGUUACUCUCAGUGGAGUUUGCUGCUGCAGCCAUGAGCAACACGUCCUGCCGAAGCUUUCUGCACUAUGUCUUUGAUUAUGAAACACCAAGAACGCUGCUUAUUCCACACGUUGGAGUAGGGUUAGUCUUCAGGCUGAGCCAGCUCCUGGUGGUGCUGUAUGUGGUGGGGUAUGUGUGUGUGGUGCAGAAAGCCUACCAGGACACAGACUCCGUCAUCAGCAGCGUCACCACCAAAGUCAAAGGCUUCGCCUUCACCAACACAUCGGACACGGAGCCGCGCUUCUGGGACGUGGCUGAUUAUGUUAUUCCCUCUCAGGGAGAAAACUCGUUCUUUGUUUUAACCAACAUGGUCGUUACUCCUCGUCAGACUCAGUCACGUUGUUCUGAGCUCCCAAACCCGUCCACUUCCUGUGUGGAUGACUGUGACUGUGUGGAAGGACUCAGUGACCCUCGGGGCAACGGUGUUCAGACGGGACUGUGUGAGAACUAUUCCACCACUGUCAGGACCUGUGAAGUGGUCUCAUGGUGCCCCCUUGAACUAGACACGAAGCUCCCUGAAGCUGCUCUGCUGGCUGCUGCAGAGAACUUCACGGUGUUGAUCAAAAACAGCAUAACGUACCCAAAGUUUGACGUCCACAGAAGAAACAUACUGCCACGUAUUAACUCCUCUUACCUGAAGACGUGUACAUUCAACCGGUCAACAGACCCUCACUGCCCCAUAUUCCGCCUGAGAGACAUCGUUUCAGAGGCUGGAGAGGAAUUUCAGGAAAUGGCUGUGAAAGGGGGGGUCCUUGGUAUUAUCAUUGACUGGAGCUGUGACUUGGACUGGUGGGCAGGAAAAUGUUUCCCUAAGUACAGCUUCCGCAGGCUGGACAGCAAACAUCCUGUCAAUAAUGUGGCUCUUGGAUACAACUUUAGGUUUGCAAAAUACUACAAGAGCCCAGACGGAGAGGAAAGUAGAACGUUGAUCAAAGCGUACGGGAUCCGCUUCGACGUCAUUGUAUUCGGAAUUGCAGGAAAAUUUGGAAUUGUACCAACCAUAGUGAACUUGGGUGCAGCUUUAUCAUUCCUCAGUUUGGUUCCUGUGGUGUCUGACUGGUUCAUGUUGACAUGCUUGAGAAAAAGAAAUACUUACAGCAAACAAAAAGUCACAUAUCUGAGUGAGGACGACUCUUAGCCAGUGUCAGCAGGCUCCAGCUGUGGACUAGACUAGUCACAUCAGCAUGGAAACAUCCAAACCUGCUCCAACGACUUCACAUCAACACAGAGAUCAUUCGAAUCAUUCAAUAAAACUGGUUAACUGUGUAAACCUAAAGAAUGACUAUAAAUCAUUUCAUGAAUUAUAAUAAAAAUCACAUUUUAAAGAUAAUAAUCUACUGCACCACACGGAGGCAGUAUAA